GUUGUUUUCACUAAAGACAGCUAAAAGAAGAGCGAAUUGCACUUCAGGGUAACGUUAACGGUGUGUGCAGCUUGACGCGUGUGAGAAAACAGAAGAACAUGGGGACUGCGUUGAUUUACGACGAGGAGAUGACCAAGUAUAAACUGCUCUGGGUCGAUCCGGCAUGCAAGUUCGAAGUUCCCGAGCGACUGACUGUGAGUCAUGGGGCUCUGGUUGAGAGCGGUCUGGCCGAUCGUUGCGUCUCCGUACCCGUCCGAGAGGCGACAGAUGCGGAGAUCCUGCUGGUUCACAGUGCGGAAUACCUUGAAGCCGUGAAGACGACCCCGUCCAUGAGUCUGGAGGACCUGAUGGAGUUCACGCUGCAGUAUGGUGACGUCUACUUCCACCCAAACAUUUAUCACUGUGCCAAGUUGGCGAUAGGAGCCUCGCUGCAACUUGUGGACAGUGUGAUGACGGGGAAGGUGAGGAAUGGCAUGGCCCUGGUCAGACCACCAGGACACCACAGUAUGCACAGUGCUGCCAGUGGUUUCUGUAUUUUCAACAAUGUGGCCAUAGCAGCUCGAUACGCCCAGCAGAGACACGGAGCCAAGAGGGUGUUGAUAGUCGACUGGGACAUACAUCACGGUCAAGGGGUGCAGUACUGCUUUGAGGAUGAUCCAAGCGUGCUCUACUUCUCAUGGCAUCGCUUCGAGCAUCAGAAGUUCUGGCCUCAGCUCAAGGAAUCAGACUUUGACACAGUUGGCAAAGAGAAAGGGGCAGGAUUUAAUAUUAAUGUACCAUGGAACAAAGUAGGAAUGCAGAACAGUGACUAUCUUUCAGUCUUCUUUCAUAUUCUUCUGCCAGUGGCGUAUGAGUUUUGCCCAGACUUGGUGCUUGUGUCUGCGGGCUUUGACUCAGCCAUCGGUGACCCAGAGGGUGAAAUGCGCGCCACUCCAGACAUCUUUGCCCACCUCACUCAUCUCCUGAUGAACCUUGCAGAGGGAAAAGUGUGCGCUGUGCUGGAGGGAGGAUACAACUUGACGUCACUCCCACAGUCCGUGUGUCAGACAGUUCACACGCUGCUCGGAGAUCCUGCCCCGUGUCCUGCAAACCUCGAUGCUCCCUGUAAAAGUGCGCUUGAGUCCCUUCAGUGUGUCCGGUCAGUGCAUAGAACGUACUGGUCCUGCCUCCGACAUGCAGCCGAUCUGCCCACCUCCUGCAGCACCAAGCACAUUAACACAGCAGAGGGAGCGGAUCAGGAGCCGACAGAGGAAAGCUCACAGGAGAUUUUUUGGCCACCGCCCAUGAAACGAGUCUUUCCGCCCACCCGCACAGCUGUAGUGCUCCCUGAUGACGUCGCUUGCCCAGACGGCUGUAAACGCUGGAGUUUACUGGAGCAUCCUGACCCACAGCUGUGUCUUUCUGCCCUUGUGGAUAAGAUGGUGAAGAACGAGAUCUGCAACGGUUUGGUGCUGGUCCCUGACGUCUCCGUGGCGAUGAUUUGUUUGGCCCAGCACGCUGUAGCUGCUCUCAACAAACGGCUUCUAGUUGUGUGUGUUGGAGAUGGAAUGGUCCCGAUUCAAGGCACAGAGGACGGGAAAACACUUGUGGUGCAUUUCAGCAGGAAAGAAUCAGAGGAACAAAGAGGCAAACAUUUCAUUACUGUGCAUCUAACGAAGGGCUGCGGUGACGCAUCAGGAUUCAUACAGGCUGUGCUGAGCCUCCUCCUGCCUCUGGGGUACGAGUAUGACCCCGGUCUGGUGCUGCUGGUUCAAAAGCCAGAUAGUGGGGUCUGUGACAGCAUGUGGCGACAGCUGACCGGUCUGCUCCAGGGCCUCGCUCAAGGCCACAUGCUGGUUGUCAUGCAGGAGGAUGAGAGGAAGCAUAUUGGCCCCACGUGCUCCUCCCUUCUCGGCAUCGCAGCCCCCUCGCUGGGGCAGCUGCAUUCUCUUCUACCAGAGGAUGUUGAGGCUUUAGAGAGGCUGAGACGACGGCUGACGCCCGACUGGAAACUACUGCAGACCACGGUAGCAGAAGAACCCAGAGGACGCGAGGAGCUCUGAAGCCCAACCUGCUUCUCCUUGUUUAAAAAAAGAAAAAUAUUUUGCCAAGACUUUAGUCAAAUUGUGACCUGAGGUAAACAGUAUUUUAAAUAUGCUGCUUUUGAUGUAUGAGGUCUAUGUGACUUUCCCACUGGGAUGAAUAAAAUAUUAAAGUAU